CUCAAUAUCGACGGUCUGUUAGUGUAUUUUCCUUACGACUACAUAUAUCCUGAACAAUAUUCGUACAUGUUGGAGCUGAAGAGGACGCUGGAUGCUAAGGGCCAUGGCGUCCUGGAAAUGCCUUCAGGAACCGGCAAGACCAUAUCACUGCUGUCCCUUAUUGUUGCCUAUCAGAGGGCGUACCCUCUGGAUGUUACCAAGCUUAUCUACUGUUCCAGAACGGUCCCCGAGAUUGAGAAGGUGGUAGAGGAGCUGAGGAAGCUGAUGGAGUUUUAUUCCAAAGAGACGGGCGAGAAAAAUAACUAUCUGGCUCUGGCACUCUCCUCCCGAAAGAACCUUUGCAUCCACCCGGAGGUGAGCAGCCUGCGCUUUGGCAAGGAAGUGGACGGAAAGUGCCACAGUCUGACGGCGUCGUACAUCCGCGCACAACAUCACAGUAACCCCAACCAGCCCGUUUGCCGCUUCUACGAGGAAUUUGAUGCGGUGGGUCGGCAGGUACCUCUUCCCGCCGGUAUUUACAACCUGGACGACCUGAAGGACUUUGGUCGCAGGAAAGGAUGGUGUCCCUAUUACCUUGCACGGUACUCGCUCCUGCACGCCAACAUCGUGGUGUACAGCUACCACUACCUGCUGGACCCCAAGAUAGCAGACCUGGUGUCCAAGGAGCUGGCCAAACAGUCUGUGGUGGUCUUUGACGAGGCGCACAACAUAGACAACGUGUGUAUCGAUUCCAUGAGUGUCAACAUCACCAGACGGACGCUGGACCGUUGCCAGGGGAACGUAGAUACGCUGCAGAAUACCAUUCAGAAGAUCAAGGAGACCGAUGCCUCCAAAUUGAAGGAGGAAUAUCGCCGCCUAGUGGAAGGUCUGAAGGAAGCAAAUGUGGCGAGGGAGACCGAUGUGUACCUGGCCAAUCCCGUGCUGCCGGAUGAAAUCCUAAAAGAGGCCGUUCCCGGCAACAUCCGCACGGCCGAGCAUUUUGUGGGUUUUCUGAAACGUUUCAUGGAAUACUUGAAGUCACGCCUGAGGGUGCAGCACGUGGUGCAAGAGAGCGCCCCGCAGUUCCUCAAGGACAUCUUUGAAAAAGUCUGCAUCGACCGCAAGCCUCUCAGGUUUUGCGCCGAGCGGCUGCAGUCGCUGUUGCGGACGCUGGAGAUCGCGGACAUCGCCGACUUCUCGGCCGUCACGCUUAUCUCCAACUUCGCCACGCUGGUCAGCACAUACAGCCAAGGUUUCACCAUCAUCAUCGAGCCUUUUGAAGACAGAACUCCAACUAUAGCCAACCCAGUGUUGCACUUCAGCUGCAUGGACCCUUCCAUUGCCAUCAAACCCGUCUUUCAGAGAUUCCAGUCGGUAAUCAUCACUUCAGGGACACUGUCCCCGCUGGACAUCUACCCUCGCAUCCUAGACUUCCGGCCCGUCACCAUGGCCUCUUUUACCAUGACACUGGCGCGAACCUGCCUCUGCCCACUGAUUGUCGGUCGUGGAAACGAUCAGGUGGCUCUCAGCUCCAAGUUUGAGACCAGAGAGGAUUUUGCUGUGAUUCGUAACUACGGCAACCUGCUGCUGGAGAUGUCCGCCGUGGUUCCUGACGGCAUCGUGGCGUUUUUCACCAGCUACGUUUACAUGGAGAACAUUGUGGCGUCCUGGUAUGAGCAGGGAAUCCUGGAGAACAUUCAAAAGAAUAAGCUGAUUUUCAUCGAGACGCAGGAUGCCGCAGAGACCAGCAUGGCACUGGAGAAGUACCAAGAGGCGUGCGAGAACGGCAGAGGAGCCAUCCUGCUUUCGGUGGCGCGAGGGAAAGUGUCGGAGGGGAUCGAUUUUGUGCAUCACUUUGGUCGAGCAGUCAUCAUGUUUGGCGUUCCGUACGUUUACACACAGAGCCGCAUCCUCAAGGCUCGUCUGGAGUACUUGCGGGAUCAAUUCCAGAUCCGAGAAAACGACUUCCUCACCUUCGACGCCAUGCGACACGCCGCGCAGUGCGUCGGCCGGGCCAUUCGAGGAAAGACUGACUAUGGACUUAUGAUUUUUGCAGACAAGCGUUACGCCCGAGCAGACAAGCGCGGCAAGCUUCCCCGCUGGAUCCAGGAGCACAUCAACGACGGCAGCCUCAACCUGACCGUGGACGAGACCGUGCAGCUGUCCAAGCAUUUCCUCAGACAGAUGGCUCAGCCUUUCAGACAGGAAGACCAGCUGGGUCUGUCUCUGCUGACGCUGGAGCAGCUGCAGUCAGAGGAGAUGUUGAAGAAGAUCGCCGAGAUGGCUCAUCAGAGCUAA